ACUGUGGCCACGGAAUCCAUUUGUAGCAAGGUCCAUCUCCAUCUCGCUCCCGAACAGCCAGAAGAAACACCACCGGAGGGCUGAUAGCAACCGCAAGCCGCAACCAUGAAUGGCACAGAGGGACCAUAUUUUUAUGUCCCUAUGGUGAACACCACCGGCAUUGUCCGGAGUCCUUAUGAAUAUCCUCAGUAUUACCUUGUCAACCCAGCAGCCUAUGCUGCUCUGGGCGCCUACAUGUUUUUCCUCAUCCUGGUUGGCUUCCCCAUCAACUUCCUCACUCUCUACGUUACCAUCGAACACAAGAAGCUGCGAACCCCUCUAAACUACAUCCUGCUUAACCUUGCGGUGGCCGACCUCUUCAUGGUGUUCGGAGGAUUCACCACAACGAUGUACACCUCCAUGCACGGCUACUUCGUUCUUGGACGUCUCGGCUGCAAUCUGGAAGGAUUCUUUGCUACCCUCGGUGGUGAGAUUGGUCUCUGGUCUCUGGUGGUUCUGGCCAUUGAGAGAUGGGUGGUCGUCUGCAAGCCCAUCAGCAACUUCCGCUUUGGUGAGAAUCACGCUAUUAUGGGCCUGGUUUUCACCUGGGUGAUGGCUGCCUCCUGUGCCGUGCCCCCUCUCGUCGGCUGGUCUCGUUACAUCCCAGAGGGCAUGCAGUGCUCAUGCGGAGUUGACUACUACACCCGUGCAGAGGGCUUCAACAACGAAUCCUUUGUUGUCUACAUGUUCAUCUGCCACUUCUGCAUCCCACUGUUUGUUGUGUUCUUCUGCUACGGCCGUCUGCUCUGCGCUGUCAAGGAGGCUGCUGCUGCCCAGCAGGAGUCCGAGACCACCCAGAGAGCUGAGAGGGAAGUCACCCGCAUGGUCAUCAUCAUGGUCAUCGGCUUCUUGGUAUGUUGGGUCCCCUAUGCAAGUGUGGCCUGGUUCAUCUUCACACAUCAGGGCUCCGAAUUCGGGCCACUCUUCAUGACCCUCCCAGCCUUCUUUGCCAAGAGCUCUUCCAUCUACAACCCAGCAAUCUACAUCUGCUUGAACAAGCAGUUCCGCCACUGCAUGAUCACCACCCUGUGCUGUGGGAAGAAUCCCUUUGAAGAGGAGGAGGGAGCCUCCACCACUGCUUCCAAGACCGAGGCCUCAUCUGUCUCCUCAAGCUCUGUGUCCCCUGCAUAAAAGCAACAUCAAGCAAAGGUUUCAUGAUCCACUAUCCAAGAAGAAGACUUCUGCUCCCCCAGGGAAACGACUGCAGGCUAACGUCUACAGAAAUAACUUCCUUUUUGUAUUUUUACAAAUGAGUUGGUUCAACUAAAAGACAGUUGCAGGAAAGGUCAGCCCAUUACAGAGUUGUUCCUGUAUGUACAGAAUAUCCAACUUAAUAAUCUGUGAUUAUUUUUUUCCUGAGAAGAAAAGAAAUAAUCUUAAUCUUUCACAGUUGGAUCCUGUAUGAUACUGGCUUAUUUUUGAAUGUAGAGGCAUGUAAUCAAGGCAAUGUAAAAAAAAAUAAAUCGCACUUUGCAAAUGA